UUGUGAAGCAGUGUUCGUUUUCUGAUACGAAAAUAUUAAUGAUGAUCAAUAUUUUAAACACAAUAACAGUGGCGAUAAUAUUUUAACAAUAUUUCGCUUUAUAUUGACACAAAACUUUGAGAAUGUGUGAUGUUUGUUCGGAGUUUUCACAGCUUUUAGUCAAUUGUGAAACGAGAUUAACUGAUGAUGUAUCCCAGUACCCAACAAUAAGUCAGUCUGAGCUUGAAACUGUGUUAAAUUAUAUUCUUUCUUGGCCCCAAAGGCAAUGUAUGUGCUGCUAUAGAGAUGUAAAAAACUUUGAGAGAUUCUACCUAGUGGUUCAGAGUAUACUUUGCUUAUCUGUAUGUCAGCUAAAACAACUAAAAGAUGAUAUAUUAGAAUCCGCUAAAACACAAGCAUUGCCUGAAAAUCAAGAUACACAAAAGGAGGAUGUUGCAAACACUUCUAAAAAUGAAGAUGAGAAGAGUGAAAAUAAGGAGGAUAGGGAGGAAACAGAGAGUACAAAACCACCAGAAGAAGACAAGACGGUUGACGAUGAAACAGUUAGCAAUAAACCAGAGACUUCAAACUCGAGCCCCGAAUCUUGGUCAUUGCAACAAAAAGAAAAGCUAAUGCAUAUAGUAUCAAAAAUAUUCCUCCUAAAUUUCCCUUUAUAUUUAGCUUGUAAACACACAGCCUUGAGCCGUUUGGACGAUUUGUCAGCUCAGGAAAUAUCAAACUUGAGUUCAUACUGUGAUCUGCAUGAUACAGAAAUACCUGCAUAUUUAUUAAGGAAUGUUAGUCUCUUUUGUAAGUUGGGUGGUGUGUGUGCCAUGACAUCUGUGUUUGAGUGUGCAAUCUCAACAACUUUACCUUUGUCAAUGGCGCAUGCAAUAGUAGCAGCUGUGGGCAAUUUGAAGUUGUGGUUGAAUUUUAGAGCAGUGGCUCAACUUUUUAUGCCAUUAAGAAGUAAAAUAUUAAAGUACAUGUGCAGUUUGGAGGAUAAAGAUUUAAGGGUACCAGCUGUUAAAUCGAUGGCAGAUUUUAUGUGGGGUGCUGCAAAAGAACCACUGGAUGCACCACUGGCCUUUGACGAAGAUGGCCUUGCACUAGCAUUCAAAUACUUCAACAGUAGUACUCUAACUAUGAGACUGGCUGGUGUGGCUCAAAUCAAUGCACAUAUAGCUGCCCACAAUGAGCUGUGUGCCGGAGAAACAGCAGCUGAUGUUGAGAUAGCAGGACAGCAGUUGGCUGCUUGGUUGACAUUUAAUAAUAUCAUAGAACACCUGUUUGGCCCUAAUUUACAUGUUGAGGUAAUAAAACAAUCACACAUGAUACUAAAGUUCCUGGCUGUAGAAGGAAGGGUAACACCUGAACAUGUAGAACUUGUGUGGGCAGCUGCGCAAUUGAAGCACUGUGGACGUCAAGUGUAUGACUUGUUACCAGGAUUCAUAAGAGCUCUAGCACCUAAACCAUGUACUCACUUGUACAGUCUUCUGUGUUCGUUACCGCCUAAGGAGCACACUGAACAGAGUCUAUACCUGGCGUCUGCUCUGAUGCGUGCGAUGUGGGCGCGAGGGGGGUGCGGCGCCGGAGCCACCUCCCCCGCCCCCGAGCCCCCCCGCCUGGCGCCGCCCGCCUGCAAGCCGCACCAUCGCUCUUCCUCUGAAGCCAGUGUCAGCAUGGACCAAACCAACUCUGAUGAUGAUCCGUGCGAGGAGUUAAGCACAUCUGGCGAAGAGGCAGGUCCCACGCCGCGUAAACAAAGUAAACAUCAAAGGGAGCUUACUGCCGAGCAACAGGAAUGGAUUCGAGAAGGGGAGGAGUUAACGAAAAAGGAAUGUUCCACUCUCAAAUCUUGUCAGAAACGCAGUAAGCGUGCAGGAAGCAGCGGAAGCGCCAGCAGCGGCGCUGAGGAAGUGCUGCGCCCGCGCAAGAAACUUUACAAGAAACGCACAACGCGCAAACCUCGGAAGACCAGGCAUUUCCCCGCGCAGCUAAAACCAGCGGAGCUCGCAGAAUCCGUUUCGGAGGUAGAAGAGGAGUCGUCAGGCAGCGACACCGCACACUGUCAACUGCUCUGUGAAAAUGUUGAUGCUAGACGAUUAAUGGAGCUUCGCCUAAUGGAGAGCUAUAAGAGACGCGAUGAAGAAGAAGGUAGCGCAUCUUCUGCGUUGUCUGCUCACUCGCACAGACAUUUACCCGACUUGGACGAAGAUGAUUCCGCAUGUGAGGAAGAGCUGGCUCGAUUAGCUGCGCAGGCGCAGUGUCUAACGGAAUACGGCGCAGUGGGGGUGGGCGUGGGGCUUGAAGCCCGGCCGCCUUCGCCCGCCCCCGCGCCCCUCCCCUUCAACGUGGACGACGUGUGCCGGCCCGGGAACACUCUGCUCUGGGAUCUGCUGCAGGACGGCGCCAUUGAGCAACUAGGCGAAGGCUUAGCUUUAGAAGCGGAAAAAGCACUGUGUGCUUUACUUUGUUUUAGUACGGACAAAUUCAUUAGGAUUAAAUUCAUUGAAGGAUGUCUGGAUAAUCUUGCUAAUCACAGAUCGGUGGCUGUAUCACUUCGAUUACUGCCGAAGCUGUUUUCGUCAUUUCAACAACUACGCGGCAUGGAUAUGCAUCAGGUUGUAAUGUGGGCAGAACGUGAGCGGGGCAUGAUGAGGUUAUUUCUCGAAGACCUACGGUAUUACGUACAAAAUCGUGCUGCAAACGUUUCUAGUCAAAGUACACCGGUUGGAACAACGGACGCGCAGCACUACGCGCAUAUUACUGAGCUCACCGUGCGACUGCAUUUCCUUACUGCCAUAUUCUCGCCUGUUGGAUCUCCACAUCAUUUUAGGUUGACAGUGGAACAAGUAGAGGAACUAUGGCAGUGUCUAGUAGCGCGUGGGUCGAACGAAUGCGCGGACUGUCUCUACUCUUGGCUUUUGUCGCAUACAAAAUCACCCGAUCAACACGCAUUGGGACUCGAUGCUUUACGAUUUCUAUACGUUGAGAAGAUGCCCACACUUGAUCCAGAGACGAUAAGCAUAAUGGGGCUGAGUCUGUACCAGCAGCUGUGCAACUUAGCACGUAUGGCGCUUGGAGCUGGCGACUCCCGAGAUGCGGCGCACCCACACACGUUAGCCAUGGACCACUUGUGGAAGAUCGCUUUAAGAGCUAAUAGCACAGACGUAUCCAUGGGCGCCAUCCAGUAUCUAAACAGCUAUUAUAUGGGCCAGCAACUACAGCAAGAGGACGACUUCGUAUCCAAAUGCAUGUUCCAUCUCUCAUCAGCAGCAGAAAGGCUCAUAUCAAAAGACGACGACGGCCAAGGAACUUCGUCAUCACCUAAUGUGCCAGUUGAGGAGAAGGAAACAGAGAAAACUGUAGAUAAACUAAACAUUUAUGAGCAUAUGACAGAAGAAGCCGCGUUGCAAUGUAUUCAAAGGGCUUUGUUGUUGCUGAAAACACAUUUGGACACGUUUAAAAGGAGAUACGCGUACCACUUACGUCGAUGGGCGUUGGCAGAGUCAGGUGCUUGGGAAGGCAGUGCUAGCGGGGCGGGCAGCGUGCGGGUGACCUUGCAACCGGCCGGGGCGGGACCUCGAGCUUCCCUCGCAUUGCAUCAAUCUGACUUGGUGGCUCACUUACGAGCGCACGUUCACGUUUGGUGGGAAAGACAGAUCCAAGGGGAAGAAGGCGUCACCGCUCUGUCUACAGAUGGACCUUUAAGGAUGAUCACUCAGGGUCAAGAGCUAACCAUUGACUACGAUGAAAGAACUUUAUAUGACAUGGGGUUUAAAGAUAAUCAGUUGGUAUUCGUAUCCGUGGGCGUAGGCAGCAGAGGCGCAUGGGCAGAGUGGCCGUCAGCCCAGCCCGCACCGGCGCGGGCUCGUUUGCCCACGCACUUGCUACUCGACCCGACCUACUUCCACCAUCUGUUCACGCUCAUGCAAGCCCUGGGACAGAUGAAAGAACCUGGUACUGGGGAACCAGUUGCACAUACAAAAGCGCAGUUAUUAUCACGACGUGUUUGGGACAUACUUCAAGCGGUACCACUGAAUCCAACUCUGUUGGAAGCGUUUCAGAACCCCUCAGAAAACAAACUACCAGAGCUACUUGACCCAACUAGCCCACAGAAACUCAUGUAUUCUUUACAUAUAAUUGAUAAACUUAGUUCCAACAAUGGCCCCAAUGCAAAGGAAAGCGGCACGUUGGAGAAACCUGAAGAGAAGGUUGCUGACGAAAAUUGGAACGAAUUGCUAAUUAAGAAAGGCGGACUACGGUUGCUUUAUGAUAUCAUGAUGUCAGGUAUAUUACAGCGAAGCGACGACAGCGAAUGGCGGCAGGAUUGUCUAGCUCUGUUACUACAACUGCUGUGUCGGAUCGGCACAUUACCUUCUGGUGAAUCUGGACAGACGCCCAAAUUACACCCUGCGCUACUUUCGCUGAUGAACGUGGAAGAAUCGACGGAAAGGCUAAUAUCGAUAUUGUGUGAAGCAGCCACUAUGAAAGAGCCCACUACUUAUAAGACUGGUUUUUGGGGAAGAGCGCAGGUGGUUCAACACGCAAUGCGUCUGUGCGUUGUUUGGGCGCGCGGGGGCGGAGACGCGGUGUCACUCGCGUGGUCGCUGCGUCGCGCCGCACCACGCCUUCUACUUGACGAUGCGGACCCUGCGGUCCGACGCGAAGCCGGAAGCGCGCUAUACCGGUUGUGUGCGGGCGGUGAGCCCGGAGUACUGGCGCCAUUGCUACAGUUACUGCUGCAACAUUUACCCCGAGCGGCAGACAUGCGGCCGCAUCCUCAACAUCAUCAUGAGGUAGUACACCAUCACGCCGAAGAAGGAAAAGAACCAUACGGCCCUGCGUGCAGAGAUUACUUCUGGCUGGUGUGCAGGUUAAUAGACGGACUACCGGAGGAUUUUUUUAAAGAAGGUGCAGUAUCCGAAGACAUUGGCGCACCAGACCUGAACGAAUUAUGCGAACAGAUACGGUGUUCGUUGGAAAAGCGAGAAAUCAUAGAGAAGCGGUCCGAACCUUGCACUCCCGACGACGGGCUGUAUGGCCAGCUGAGUUUACUGACGCAUUUGUUAAAACAUCCAUUGAGGUUUAAGAAUUCUGAACAGGGUACUAGGACCUUAGAAAUGGUUUUCGAGUUUCUUUUCGACGUGCCAAAUCCGUCGCAACGUAACCUUCCCAAAUGCAAAUCUCAGAAGUCACGCGCUGCUGCAUACGAUUUGCUAGUGGAACUUGUGCGGGGUGCGCCGGACAACUAUAUGGUGCUGCAUCAUAAACUGAUGGAUCACCAUAAACCUGGACCGCAAUCAUCCUACCCAUGGGACUACUGGCCGGCCGAGGAAUCAAGAUCCGAAUGCGGUUACGUAGGACUAACAAAUCUGGGAGCUACGUGUUACAUGGCCUCUUGUAUGCAGCAUUUGUAUAUGAUGCCGGCGGCGAGAGCGGCAGUUCUAAGUGCCGAUUCCGCUGCUAGCAGACAUGGCACUACUUUACAUGAGAUGCAGAGGAUGUUUGCUUACCUUAUGGAAAGUGAAAGAAAAGCCUAUAAUCCCAGGAGUUUCUGCAAAGUGUACCAAAUGGACCAUCAGCCACUUAACACUGGCGAACAAAAGGACAUGGCGGAGUUUUUUAUCGACCUCGUGUCGAAGCUCGAGGAAAUGACGCCUGAACUCAAGAAACUAGUCAAAACGCUCUUCUGCGGCGUGCUUAGUAAUAAUGUCGUGUCUUUGGAUUGUCCGCAUGUUUCAAGGACGCUAGAGGAAUUCUACACAGUCCGAUGUCAAGUAGCAGAUAUGCGAAACUUGCACCAGAGCUUAGACGAAGUGACAGUAAAAGAUACCCUAGAAGGUGACAACUGUUACACGUGCUCGCAGUGUGCUAACAAAGUGCGGGCGGAGAAACGGGCCUGCUUUAAAAAACUACCGCGCAUUCUGUGCUUUAACACAAUGCGUUACACUUUCAACAUGCUGACGAUGUUAAAAGAGAAGGUCAACACGCACUUCUCUUUCCCCAUGCGUCUCGACAUGUCCGGCUAUGUUGAGAAGCAUCUAAUGCCGGCGCAGUAUCAAGAGGAGAAAAUAAAAUCGGCAGAGUUGAAAAAAGAUGGCGAAGGGAGUUCGUUCACAGAAACAGAAGAGUUGGAUACUGAAGAACAUUACGAGUACGAAUUAAUAGGCGUGACGGUGCACACGGGCACCGCCGACGGCGGGCAUUAUUACUCGUUCAUCCGGGAUCGCGAGCAUGAUCACCACGAUCGCUGGUUGCUGUUCAAUGAUGCGGAAGUGAAGCCGUUCGAUCCCGCGCACAUAGCCGCUGAGUGCUUCGGGGGCGAGAUGACUAGUAAAACAUACGAUUCAGUGACGGACAAGUUCAUGGACUUUUCUUUCGAGAAAACGAACAGCGCUUACAUGUUGUUCUACGAACUGAGUCCUCCGCGGACUCAGCGGGGCUCUGACUGCGGCCAACAAGAGGAGGCACAGUCAUCGCGAGCUGAAGAAAGCCCUAGUUCAACAGUAGAAAGACGCGGGGAGGCAAUUCCUGUAGUGAACCUACCGCCUGACCUCUUGCGUUGGAUCUGGGAUGACAACAUGCAGUUUCUACAUGACAAGAACAUAUUUCAGCACUCUUAUUUUACAUUCAUGGGUCAGAUGUGCAGUUCGGUACCGCAGUCAUUGCUUACGCUACGGCCGGAAGUAACAGAAGUGGCUGCCAGACUGUCCACUUCGUUCUUCAUCGAAACCUUUAUACAUGCUAAAGAAAAGCCUACAAUGGUGUCGUGGGUUGAAUUAGUUACGAAACAAUUUAACGCAUCCGCGGCUGCCUCGGAGUGGUUCCUUAGCCAUAUGGCAGAUGACACUUGGUGGCCGAUGCAGGUGUUAAUAAAGUGUCCAAAUCAAAUGGUCCGGCAAAUGUUCCAGAGGCUAUGCAUGCACGUUAUACAAAGGCUAAGGUCUAGUCAUUGUGCCCUAUACCUACAGGGCGUGGAAGAAGGCGAGGAUAACAGUAAAUUGGGUGAAGCGAGCUGUGUUACUAGGUUUAUAAGGAUGUUGUUAUCGUUGAUGGAGAACGGGGCUCGAUCUCAUUUACGACACUUGACGGAGUACUUCAGCCUGUUAUACGAAUUUAGCAAGAUGGGUGAGGAGGAGGGGAAAUUUAUGCUGCGAGUUAACGCUAUCUCCUCCAUGGUCAACUUCUAUUUGGGGCAGAACUCUAACACGGUGGAGUCCCCUACCGAGGAAGCGAGCGGCAGCGGUAGCGGUAGCGGCAGUGGGGCGGCGGAAAGUUGCGGGGACAAACUAAGGCCUGGCGCCUUAGACAAGAUGGUGGCAUUGGUUAGCGGACUGGUGGAGAGGUCGCGGGACGCCGCCGGACAUCUCGCUUUAGCCGACCCCGACGCUCGGGCCUUAUUACAUGCGAAGGGGUUUCCUUUCAUCUACCAGCAGACCCGGGACUGUUUAAACCUGCAACAGACCAGGUCGCUGAUUUUUGCGCUAUGCCGGUGGAACGAGGCGCUCGCGCAGAAGGUCGUCAACAUGAUAUUCCAGGCGAUCGCUAAACAUUCCGAGAGCUGCGGUCCAUUUUUUAAAUUGCUGACGUUGCUCGUGGAGGGCAGCGGGGGUGGGACGGGCGGGGGGAUGGGCGCGGCCACCGGCCUGCCUUGCUUCACCCAGCUAGUGCUCGGCCGGCUGUGGGACGCGGGGGACGUGUGCCCGCACGCAGCUUUGGAAUGGCUCGCUAUGCAGGUGCCUCGGAACAAAGCAGCCCACGCGUGGGCUCUGCGCACUGCGGACCGCUGGCUAGAAGUGCAGUUACUGGCCGCGGGGCCCGCACGAGUUCGUGCGGCUGCGGCUCUCUUGCUGGUCGCACUGGUACCAUCGCAGCACUUCCGUGCGGGCUACGCGCGGGCCAGACCGCUGCCAGCGCCCGCGUUGCACCUAGCCAAACUACCCGACACUGCCCAUCAUACAUUGCAUCAGGUUUACACAAUGCUAUUGGGCAAAUUAAAAGCCGCUCGAAAGUACACAGACAUCGCGGUUCACGGUACCAUGAAAUUGACGGCUUACUUUGGCGUUAUGUCGUAUUGCGUCGUUAGCAGAGUGGAAAAGUUAAUGUUCGGUCAAUAUUUCAACGAUUUAUGGGAGCUAUAUCACCCAGCGAUAUCGGAGCCAUCCGUAGCGGUCCACCCCAACAAACAAGCGCUGCUGACAUUCUGGCACGCGGUCUCUGUGGACUGUCCUGAGAACGUACAACUGAUGCUGGCCAACCAGAGGCUAACUAAGCACAUCGCAUUCAAUUACAUACUUGCGGACCACGAAGACGGUGAAGUGGUAGCGUACAAUCGCGCAAUGCUACCACCGUACUACGCCUUGCUUCGGCUGUGCUGUCGGAGAUCGGCCGCGUUUGCACGUUCGCUCGCACAGCACCAGAACAUCCACUGGGCAUUCCGCAACAUUGCGCCGCACGCGCAUCUCUACCCGGGCGCGGCGGACGAAUUGUUGAGGCUAGCGCGGAUACUAGCGGCGCGAGGCGGGUCUGGCGCUGCCAGCACUCCUGAAGGCACGGACGCACGAGAGGCCGCAGCUUUUCGACGGAGCACGCUAUCAGCAUAUUUGCAGGGUUUGAACGGACGCACGUGUUGGACGACGUUGAUCUCUGCGUUCUGCACGCUCGUUGAGAACGAGGACGACAAACUAUACGUAGUCUACAAUGGAGGGCUGCAGAUGACUUUUGAAGCCCUGCACAGUCUCCACGCGGUGUACGUAGAGGGCGGCGCGAGCGCUGGCGUAAGCCUUAGCAGUGGAUCAAUUCGCUCAGAGCUAGUAGCGGCAUUAAGAUGGGCGCGUGCGUUAUGCCGGACCUUAAGACUCCGGAGGGACGCGAAGGAAGCCCGGGCGUUGUUGCUGGCGUGCAAAGACUGGCCCGAGUGUGCCAGGCGGUUGCUGACGCUGCUCAAUAUGCAUCAAAGGACGCCGAGGUUACCUCACGCUGCGCUAGGUGUGGUGCGCGAGUUGGUACUAAUUGGCGGUUGUGCGGCGCUGGGCGCGCUUGUGCCGCUGGCGGCGGGCGCGCACGCAGCCGCACGCGCCGCGUCCCGUCCGCGCGCCCGCACUUCGCACGCGCACGCGCAGUCGCUGCGACCCGCACUCUACAGACCCUAUCACAAGUUUAUUGACACAUGUUGUCGAGUGGCGCGAAAUCAACGCUGUAUGUCCGAACAACUGGUGCUACUGUCUGCGCUGUGCGCGUUAGAGGCAGUGCCGCUGAGGUUUAACUACUUCGCGGCCUUCUGGAGGGACGUGGCUGCCUCACCGGCUGACGCGAAAUUAGAAGAGAUGCUGCUGGAGUGUAGCGUCGUGUCAGAAUACGUGGAUGCAAUAUUACUGGACGAGCGGGAGUCGCUGUCUGACCCCGCCAUCUACGAGUUCAUGCAGCAUUACUACCCUAAGUUGGGUUCAACGUCGAGUCCGAACGCGUCAAGCGUUGCGGGAGUGGCGGGCGGUUCCGGGACUACCGGCGCCGUGUUGGGAGGCUGCCGAGCCGCCGAGGCUCUAGCUGACGAGAUAGCCGGAAGCGCCUCACUGGCUUCGCUGUCAACUCUGCUCGGGAACACGCAUGCGCUGUUAUUGCUUGCGGAGAGGGCGCGGCCGGUGCAGGGCUCACCACUAGCGCGUGCGUUACAACGUGCCGCCACCGCGUUGCAUCAGAGAUUGCUCCGACCCACCGAAGAGGAAACCGGAGAAACGGAAACGGGAGGUUCGCCGAGCGAGACCCGAUGUCCCUCCGCCGAGGGCAGCGAAGCAGACGAACCUAUCGAGGAAUCCGACGAGUCCAGUUCCGAAUCUCCGGCGCCUUCGCCCCCGGCAGACUUGCUGCCACUUCUAUCACAUGCGUUGCGACGCCUUCACCAAUUGCAACCCCCUGAUGACUGAGUAAGAUACCCUUAGAAUAAUAGUACUGACUUAGUACCGAAGACAUACUCCCCAAGAACACUUACGAAGGAGACGUUUCAAAAGUACUUGGCACAUACAAAUAAAGUUGUACCGUUUCAGGUCUUCUGGACACCAAUUCAGUGACAUCAUAAGGAUUUACCAUUUGUUUUGUAUAUUUAAUAAUGUUCCUGGAUAUUAACGGAGUCGUCUCGUCAAACGUGGAAAAAAAAUUGUAUAACCGAGUGUCAAGUGUAAGAUUUUCUACCUACGUUUAAUUACUCGGUAGCGUGAAGCAACGAUUUUUAUGGAGUCAAAGGAGCGCCAUCUACUUAGAAUAUUUGGCAACUGCAUUGACAAUAGAUGGCGCUGUAUCAGUACCAUACAAAUCGUAGUUAACUUUGACGCGAUCGAAUAAGUAAAACGAAAAUCUCACACUAGGCACCCUGACGUCUUAAAUAAUAACAGCGUAUAUAUUAUGUUUAUUUUUUAACUUUGAAAAGACAUUACACAGUCCAGCCGGUUAAAUAAUGCGUUCCUAUCAGUUCAGUUGAUCGUGUAAAACAUUGGUAAACAGUCUACACAACCUUGUAUAAAUUUCAAAUAAAAAAAAUACUAUAUUAAAGAUUAAAUUUUGCCAUUUAUUGUGUUUUGUUGUUUUUUUAUUUGCAUUUAUUUGACAUGAUAUAAUUUUAAAUGGUUAAUUCAAAUUAAUCUUCGAAUCCUUAAAACUUGCCACUAAAUGACCGAUGUCGUUUUCAUGCCCACUGUACAUUGUAUUUGCAUUUAGAUGCUAUAUUUAAAACUUGAUACUAAAUUAACUGGACUGGGAAAAUUUCCAAUAUGAGUGGCAAUGAUUUUAGUCCCGUCAGUUUAGGUUCGGUAUGUCAGUGUAGACAUAUGCAAGCAUUCCACGCUCCUGUCAUCACAAUAUAACUAAAUUUUAACUUCCAAGUGAUCGGAAAUAUAAUUUUAUUAUUAACCCUCUUUAGAAAACUUGAGAACCACAGACUACCAUAAAUGAAAAUUUUGUCACCGUUAAUUUUAAGCAAAUGGCCUCUGCAACUAUUUAUUCUGUUGCAUUAAAGAAAAUGUCAAACAAUGUACAUUUUU